GAUGUAAUAUCACUUCUAUCAUUGCCAAGGUGAACUGAUAGUUGCAAGUUUCAUUUGAUGCUCCGGUGAGUGAUGAGCCAUUCAUAGGAUUCAAGCCAGUUUUGUUGUGUUUCUGAAUAUAGAGGCUUAAAAAUCAUCUUCUUCACCUAGAUCUACGCUUGACGACUACAUUAAAGAGAUAUAUAUAAGGGACGUUCUUUCACUACUGGUCAAUUUCUAAUCUCAUCAUCAACGAUAACAACAUUUCUUUUACAAAUACAACACAAAAUACAAACUUCAACAAUCAAUCUUCAUUCCAAACACCACCUUCAAUAUGGUUCAAUUAUCUACUAUCGCUAUCGUCCUUGCCUCCGCACUCUCUAGCAUUGUCGCUGCUAAGAGCUGCAAGAGCGGUGGUAUCUACUGUGGCACCUACCUUCUCAAAAGAGGCGACUACAUCACCAAGAUAAACACCAACCUACUUGCAAACAACCUUCCCACCUCAGACCUGUAUGUAAAGCAGUCCCUUUGGGCUUGUAUCGAACACGGGGAUAUUAAGCUCCUCGAAUUCUGCGCCGCUGGUUGCGUUGGUGGUGAUAAGAAUGAUGAUUAUUGCACUGGAACUGGUGCACCUGCUAGCAAAAGAGACGAGGUUGAUGAGGACUUGGCUGAUGAGGACAUGGUUAAGAGAGCAGUUGCUAUCGAAUGGGAGGCUUAAAAGCUUACGGAUAUACUUUAGGGGUUUUUAAUCGGUAGAAUUGGUCCGUUUCGAUCUGCCGGGGUAGAAUGGAGGAAAAGACAGUGUGUUACGGCAUUUAAGGUUUCUUUGAGGUGGCCACCAACAGGUUUUGUGGUUUCAAUAUAGACUUUGAUUUAUUUUUAUGGCUGCUCGUUUAUGUAUCA